AUGUACCACACGAUUAUGCAAGAAUCGAUGAAUAGUGCGGGGAAACAUGCCUGUGAUUGUUGCACGUGUCCCCCGCCCCCGCCCAAAUUUCCUAGUUUGCCCCAGUGGGAGGCGGGAAUUAAGGCGCACGUCAAACCAACAGAGGCGACUAAGGCGGCAGUGGCAGCGGCAUCGGCACCAGAAGCGCAGCCGCAAAAUGAAAAAUGGGACGAAUUUAAGGUGGAGGAGGAUCUAAGUUUUAAAAAAAAUGGCGGGUUGGCGGGACAAAUUCAAAUUUUGCGGGGGAAUAUAAUCACCCCGCUAAGGAAUAGGGACAAGUUGAGACAACUCGGGUGGCAGGUAGAGCCUGUGCGGGGGAUUAUUUUUCAUGGUCCCGCAGGAACGGGGAAAACGUUGCUGGGGAAAACUUUAGCGGCGGAGUUGAGUCGGCUAGAUGACGGGAAAGGGAAGUUUGCCUUCUUUUAUCAUAAGGGGACGGAGUGUUAUUCGAAAUACGUGGGGGAAACGGAGGCCAAGUUGAGAGCGAUUUUUGCCAAUGCGGAGGCGAAAAAGCCGGCGAUAAUUUUUAUGGAUGAGAUCGAUGGGAUUUGUAGGGUGCGGGAUGAAAGCGCUUCUAAAUUCUACACCGGCGUGGUGACCACAAUCCUCGGUCUGAUGGAUAACCUUCCCCGGGGAGAAGUUUUCGUCAUCGCGGCGACCAAUCGUCUCACCAGUCUCGACCCCGCCGUCCAGGCAAUCUUGCAAAUUCACACGGCCACGUGGGACGCAAAAUCGAAAAUGGAAGACAACUUUGCAGAUGAAAUCGCACACAUGACUGGCGGAUACACGGGCGCUGAUUUGGAACAAGUUUGCCGCCAAGCGUUCACCUUUGCGAUGCGGAGACAUUCUCAAAAUGCCCCAGACAAUAAUAUCCCGCCAGUUGACUUUGAUGGUUUAAUCGUGCAAAAGCAAGAUUGGUACGGCGCACUGAAAUCGGUCCCACCAAAUGGGACGAAUUAUUUUGGAAAUGCGGUCAUUACGGACAAACCGAUUCCCGCGGGGGCCGCGGCCGCACUGAAAGGAAAAGUGGACGAAAUUACGAAGAGAUUAGCGUAUUUUAUUAGACCGGAAGUGAGCGGGAGUUUGGAUAUGGAGUCAAAAUCUAGCGGGGCUCUGAAUAGUUUCCUGAUUUGGGGGAAUGAUGCGAAACAGCUCAAAGUGAUCGACCAUUUGUUAAUUCCCGCCCUCCUUUCCUCGCCCGGAUUUAGUUCCGUGGUCGCCGCCAAGUUCGAAAUUCCUCCUCUUGGUGUAGGGUUGGAAGUUGUAGAACGCCGCAUUUCCGCCACGUUUACUCAGAUCCUUAACCCGGGUGAGGAUAAACUCGGAGUUUUAUACGUUCCCGGGAUCGAUCAGUUGUUGAACGGGAGGAUUGGCAAGUUUUCGGAAAUGAAGGAACACGACCAGAUUUUGGACAGUUUUGAAAUCCUGCGAGGAGAAAAAGUCCUCCUGCUCGGGACAGCUACCGGUUCGCCGGACCAGAUGAGUGACAGGGUUCAAGGGCUGUUCAGAGGCCUGAAAAACACUCGGCAUUACGAAUUCACUGGCCCAAAUGCAACCGAGAUACGACUCGCAUUUUCCCACAUUUCUGGAAAGAUUCCGACCACCGCGUUUGAAAAAAUUAUGGCAAAAUUAGGCGGCCUAAAUGAAGGAGGAGACGAGUUUAGUGCCAGAAAAAAUUUGACUUUGUACGAUUUGCUCGAUUUUAAGGGGGAAAUUUCCCAAAUUUGUGCCCAAUUUGAUCUAAAAUCAGUAUAA